AUGUACCAACACCAAACAGGAUUUCGUGGUGGACGAGGUGGAUCUGGCGGUGACAGAGGUGGUAGAGGCGGAUAUGGUGGAGGUCGUGGAGGGUUCGGAGAUCGGGGAAGUCGCGGUGGAUCCGGAGAUCGAGGUGGUCGCGGUGGAUUCUCAGACCGAGGAAGCCGCGGCGGAUUCGGAGGAAAUCGCGGUCGCGGUGAUCGAGGUGGCUUCAAACGGCCGUUCGAUGGAGGAAACGGUGGAACUCCACAAAGAAAGAAAAUUAAAUUUGAUGAUUGA